UCUCUUUAUGCACUACGAUCAGGGAGUCAGAAUAGAAGUAGGGACACUCCUUUAAAAGUGUAGCUGGAACUAUAUUUUCAGCAAGAAGAGGAGGCUACCGCGCUAUGGAGGUUGCCAAGAACAGCCAAAGACAAUUUGCUUAGAUAGGGGAUAGUGGAGAUUCCCAUGUGUAAAGGUUGAAGGGACUGCAUCUUUGGAACAUUUACGUUUUUCUCAAAGUCGUAGCAGCUACUGAAGGAAAUGGCUAUUUCUUGGAUUUACAAAGUUUGGAUCCUACUCUUACCCAUUGACAGCACUCUGUCCAGUUAUUCCGAUGACCAAUGCAGCUGGAGAGGGAGUGGUCUGUCCCAACAGCAAGGCAGUGUGGAGCAGAUCUCUCUCCACUGUUCUGAGGGUGCUCUGGACUGGCUCUAUCCUAAGGGGGCGCUCCGCCUCACCCUGUCCCCCAGGUUGCCCUCUGCAGUGGUGGGGCCCGGGGGAAGCAGCUCGGGCCUGAUCACGGCCUGCGUCAAGCCCUCAGAGCACUUCCACGGGGCCCAGCUCUACUUGGAGAGAGACGGGGUCCUGGAGCUCCUGGUAGGGGAUCGUCUGGAGGAGUCUCCCCCGCCCCGGGUGCGCUGCUUCAGCCGCCUGCCCGGCGAGAAGGUGGCCCUCUUCCUCCAGGCCACGCCCCAUCAGGACAUCAGCCGCCGCAUUGCAUCUUUCCGCUACGAGCUGCGAGGGGAUUGGACGGUGCACCUGUCACUCGACUCGAACCCCGUCAGCAGUAAUGAAGGUGCCUGCAGACCCUGUAACAACACAGAGCUCCUUAUGGCCGUCUGCACCAGUGACUUUGUGGUGCGUGGUAACAUCAAGGCGGUGGAUGAGGACAGUGAGCUACGGGCGGCGGUAAUCAAGGUCAGCGCCACCCGAGUAUUUCGCCAGAAAUAUGCCCUGUUCACCGGGACAGGCCGUCUGACCAUCUCAGGCGAGAUCAGGACCCUGCUGCAGUGCGGUGUCCGGCCCGGGGCAGGAAGCUUCCUCUUCACCGGCCGAGUACACUUUGGCGAGUCAUGGCUGGGCUGCGCGCCCCGCUACAAGGACUUCCUCCAGGCCUACACUCAGGCCAAGUUGGCCCAGCAGCUACCCUGUGAACUGGCUGUGGACUGAGCAGAACCACCCCAAAUCUCGGCUGACUACUCCCCUGAAAUAGGGCUUGCCUCACAAGACAGCCUUAACUCGAUCAGCCUGUCCUCUUGUUUGCCAAACCUCACAGUGAAAGGUGAAGAAGAUGGAAGCCUACCCGAUGGUGUAACUGUGGGCCAAUCCUGCCAUGAAGGUCCUGUUGGAUGCAGUCUUCCCCAAAGGACUGAGGAGUUGGGCAUGGACAUUCGUAGCAACAUUCCCAGUGCAAUAUGCAGUCCUGUGGAGAUAUGAAGGACACUGUGGACUAGAUGAGAUUAAAUCAUUUGGCACUGGACAAAUGUUCCAGAUGCCAAAAUGCUUAUUCGGAAUUCUCAGAAGAGCUUUCUGUAAGAACAAGCAACAAUUUGUCAGGCAUGGAUUCAGAGCUAUUGAGUGUGACUUUGUCUUUUAAACUCAGGAAAAUAUGUGAAAAACUCUGUGGUGAAGUUAGUCUGUUUAGUAGUUACACAAUUGCUAUCCCAGUGUUUAACCACAAGGCUGUGGUGUUCUUCUAUGGUAGUCUUCAAAAUGGCCAUUCAUUUUCUUCAAUGUUUUGACAAGUUUGGGAAAUCUACAAUUUUGUGUCCAAGAUUUCCGCACAAAUGUGUAGCUGAAACAAACAAUGGUGGACUAUUCUCAGUGUUACGAUUCUUUAUUGGAGAUUAGGGAGGGGCUUUAUUUUUUCAAUAUUUUAUUUUUUUAAAUCGUAAUUUGCACUGAUAAGGGAAAGGGAAUGAUCUGGAAAAUCUGAUGCUGCAAGCACUGAAAACCAAAUGAAAAGCUGAUUAUGUAGCGUAGAAGAGGCGUAAUCAGAACUUAAUAUAUGUACAGCUAUUGCUAGCGCAUGUUAGUGCUAGGCUAGGGCUGGCGCAUGUUAGUGCUAGGCUAGGGUUGGCGCAUGUUAGCGCUAGGCUAGGGCUGGCGCAUGUUAGCACUAGGGUUAGCACAUAUUAGCUCUAGGCUAGGGCUAGCACAUGUUAGUGCUAGGCUAGGGCUAGCACAUGUUAGCACUAGGCUAGGGCUAGUGUAGAAGGUUCGAAGCUCGCUUCUCUCUAGUGCUGAAAGCACUUUCACGAUAUUAGUCAAGUCUGAGAUCAUUUUUCUCUAAGUACCCACAGGAUAAUUCUGCCUUUUAGAACCCUGCAUACAUAUUUAUAUGCUGAUUUGAUUUUAAUUUGAAACCUUUUUUUCGAGUUGAACAUAAUAAUUUUGCAGCAGUGUUUCCCAUUACAGCCAUUUUGUAGCUAUUCAUACCCAUUUUCCACAUUAAAAAAUGUACCAACUGUAAGCCUAAGAAAAGCUGUCUACAAAAAGCUGCAAAAUUCUACCAAAACUGAUGUCUUGAUAAUGAAUUGCUAUAAGGCCUACUGGCCCAGAUUUAUGUCAUAGUUUGAAGUUCAAUAACAACUGUAUUAAUGGGAGUUUGGCAGGAAAUUGUUUAAGUUUGUGGGACUACAACUGUUGACAACUGCAAUAUUCCCCUUAGUAAAAGUCCAAUGGGAUAUGUCUCAAAGCUGGCAGAAAGAGUUGCAGUAGCUACCUAGUUUUCACAAGCAUGUGUCCGAAAUGUUGAUAGCCAUGUUGAGCCGUGAAAACCUCAAACAAUUUAGUCCAAAUAUCAAUACUGAAUUCUUCAAGCAAUAUUCAAUGUAUUUGCGUAAUACUCUUUCAACCAGCUUUGGGGUUAGCAGUAAGUAUCUCUGGACUAUUUUACGAGGGGGACAAAACAUGUCAAUGGCAAUUCUGGCCAGUCAAAAGAUGUCACGUCUUAUGUGCACUAAUCGAUUAAACGGUUAAUAUCAAAUUAACAUGAUGUGCUGGAGUGGUAUGUAAAAAAGAAAUGCGCAGUACUGCCAUGUUUGCUGAUAUUGUCAAUUAUUUCUAUGUGAGUGUGAUUUUGUGUUCAUACCAAUGUUAAUAUGUAAAUAAGAACAUCUAGAAACAAAAAACUACUUAUGGAGGGGGAAAAAACAUUGGUUCAUUAUUGUGGAGUGUUUAUAUGUGGUCUGUAACAUAAAGUCUGAAAAGCUCAUUCGAA